AUGUUGCGCGGCCUGGGCAGCUGGCUGGGUCUGGAGCGGGCGGGCGAGGAGAAGCUGCUGCCGGCCGAGGAGCGGGGCCCGGGCAGUGGCGCCGAGGCGGGCGACGAGCCGGCCGCGCGGAGCCCGGAGCCGGCGGAGCCGCAGGCGGACUCGGACCCGCUGCUCAGCCAGGCCAGGGGACUCGGCAGUUACCUCUUCAAUUUUGCCACUGCUGCUACAAAAAAGAUAUCUGAAUCAGUUGCUGAAACAGCGCAAACUAUAAAGAAGUCUGUAGAAGAAGGGAAAAUCGACAGUAUAAUUGAUAAGACAAUUAUUGGAGACUUUCAGAAGGAACAAGAGAAGUUUGUCCAAGAGCAGCAAACAAAAAAAUCUGAAGCAGCAGUGCCACCUUGGGUAGAUAGCAAUGAAGAAGAAACAAUCCAACAACAAAUACUGGCCUUAUCAGCAGAUAAACGAAACUUUCUGCGGGAUCCUCCAGCAGGUGUUCAGUUUAAUUUUGACUUUGAUCAGAUGUACCCUGUUGCAAUGGUUAUGUUGCAAGAAGAUCAGCUUCUCAAUAGGAUGAGGUUUGAUCUUGUUCCUAAACACGUAAAGGAGGAGGUGUUCUGGAGAAAUUACUUCUACAGGGUGUCCCUAAUUAAACAGUCUGCACAACUCACUGCACUUGCUGCUCAACAGCAAGCUGUAGGGAAGGAAGAGAACAAAGGCAGAGAAGAGGACAGUCAACUGAAAGAAACUGUACGGCCCAAAACACCACCUGUUACAAUAAAGUCUCAGCUAAAAUCUCAAGAGGAUGAGGAAGAGAUUUCCACAAGUCCAGGUGUAUCAGAAUUUGUGAGUGAUGCUUUUGAUGCCUGCAAUUUGAAUCAGGAAGACCUAAGGAAAGAAAUGGAACAACUGGUGCUAGACAAAAAAAGAGAAGAGACUUCAUUAGUAGAAGAAGAGACUGCUGAUUGGGAAAAGGAACUACAGCAAGAGCUUCAGGAGUAUGAGGUGGUGACAGAAUCAGAAAAACGUGAUGAUAACUGGGACAAAGAAAUAGAGGAAAUGCUGCAAGAAGAAAAUUAAGCAUUUUCAUGAAAUCACUAUAAUCCUAUUUUUUCUAAAAACUGACAUGAAAUUUUGCUUUCAUAUUUUGCUUACGAAAGAUCUUCAAACARUAUGACAGAAUCUAAGACCAUUAUAAUUCCAUACAGGGAUAUAAGCAGUAUUGCUGUUCUUUGAGAAGUUCUUCACAGUUCUUUUAAAAGAAAGAGAGGGACUCCAGGCUACGUGUAAUAAUUACAGAUGGCAAGAGGGUUACAUGAAACAAUGUUGUGAGGCAUUCUUUGAGGGGGUCAAGAAGUCCUGCAGAAACACUUUCAAAUUGAAGAAUGUCAAGUUAAGUUGGUCUACAGCCUUCUGUUCAGCAUGUAAAAUUGGAUGUUUUAAGUAACUCAGUCCUUGAAAAUGACUGUAUUUCAUCACACCUGCACUCUUGUCCCUGUAUGAUCUGUGACUGUGUACCAUUUAUAAGGUACUUGUAACUAGUAGCUUUAGUGUGUAUUUAAGUUCCUUAACAUAUGUAGCCAAAGACUUUAUAUAAAAGCCUAUCAGAUGAACUUCUGAUAACAUGUUUAAAAAUACUAAUUCAGACUCCAAAAGAUGUACAGGUUUGAUAUUGAUCGGGUGACAAAACCGGUAAAUGUUUAUGCACUUAAAUACAAGACAGUUCCUGCUUGGAUUAACCUGCUCUUUUUGUUAAUACAUUGUACUAAGCUACUGCCUUUUCCCURCAGGAAGAGGUUGUUAAAUGCAUUKUUUCUUCAAAAGAUUUAUUAUUUCCAUUUCAUUUCGCGGUCUGUGUGAGAGCAAAUUAAAUGUUUUUCCUUAUUUUAAAWGUUGAGAAAUACAAAACUUUGGGUUUUGGUUGACUUUAUUAUACUGUAGAUAUGUAUAAAAUUGAUUGGUUUCUUUGGAGUGUGAGGGCAGGGU